AUGGAACGGAGGCGCUGCCAGUUUGCACGUUUUCAGCCUUUUCCUGUGUCAGUCGGCACCACGUAUCCUAUGGCUGGUGCAUGCUCCAAUUCCGGCCUAAUUCCCGAUAUCCUCCAGCUAAUUUACCCUAUACAGGACCCGCCGAUCAGUUCUCUUCCCGAAACCAAAGAAAACCCGCACCGCAUCCCCUACCGAUUGCUUCGCUCCCCCCCCCCCCCCCCCCCCCCUUUUGGCCCCCCCCCCCCCCCCCCCCCCCCCCUUCGUACCACGCACCACCCCAACCCCACUCUUACUUCCCAUUUAUUCUCCAACCCGCAGCGUCCACGCGCUCGGAUCCCCCACCUCCUUCACCCUAACCCAAGCUUUUUAACAAUGGUCGGACCCCCUCCCCCGCCGCCACCGCCGCCAGCCCCGCCAGGACCGACAGCAGGCGAUGGUGACAACACGGGCGAUAUGGCCUCUGCCCUCUUUGCUGAGAUCAAUUCCCUCGGUGAAGCUGGCGCUCGCUCUGGACUGAAGAAGGGCGUCCGCGGCCCGGUCAAUGAUGCAGCUCCGGCCGUCACACCGGCUCCGAAGCCGGCUGCCGCCCCUGUCGCGAAGAAGUCUCUUGUCAAGGGAGAGCCUAUCUGCGAGCUGCAAGGGAAGAAAUGGACUGUGGAGAAUCAGAUUGACAAUAGGGCUCUUGAGAUCAAAUGCGAAUCCAUGAGGCAUACUGUCUAUGUGUAUCGGUGUGAGAAGUCCACUAUUAUUGUCAAGGGCAAGGUUAACUCUAUCUCUAUUGACAACUGCAAAAAGGUCGACCUUGUUUUCGAGGACGCCCUGUCCCAGGUCGAGAUUGUCAACUCGGAUUCGAUCAAGGUGCAGUGCACGGGCAAGGCGCCCAGCAUUACCAUUGCUGGCUGCCAGAGCGUCACCUACUUCAUGUCCAAGGAAUCUGUUGAGAAUGCCAUGGUGAUCACGUCGAAGAGUGCCGCUAUCAAUCUUGUUCGCCCCCAUCCAGACGACGAGGACGAUAUUGUCGAAACUCCCAUUCCUGAGCAGUUUUGCACCACCUUCAAAAAGGGCGCCUUCGUCACCGAGGCUGUUGAGCAUGACGACUAAUUUUCAACCCCAUUCAAAUCAAGGACUCACAGCUCUAGAAAUUUUACUCACUGCACUUUCGUGCAAUACUUAACCGCUUCCGGGUCAGAAACGCGUCUUCUAGUUUUGAUUGCGCCAGUAGGGUACACCAGACCGAUUUCAUCUUUGUCUUCUUAGUACGCUGUUAAAGCUCUUUACCGCAGAAGACGGAUUUGCGAAA